AUGAAAGAACCAAUACAACUUCUACCAUUCUCGGGUGCUGUUUUCACAUUUGGAAAAAGCAAAUUUGCAGAAGAUGUUCCUAGCAAGUUCUGGUUCAAAAAUGACAAGCCCGUACUUAUAUCAUGUGGAGAUGAACAUACUGCUAUUGUUACAGGGAAUGGUAAACUAUACAUGUUUGGCAGUAACAACUGGGGCCAGUUAGGACUAGGAUCAAAGAACACUGUCAGCAAACCAACAUGUGUAAAAGCUUUAAAACCAGAAAAAACAAAGCUUGCUGUUUGUGGAAGAAACCACACUUUAGUUUACACAGAAAAAGGAAAUGUGUAUGCUGCUGGAGGUAACAGUGAAGGUCAGUUGGGAUUAGGUGACACAGAGGAAAGGACCACAUUUCAUUUAAUUAGGUUUUUUACCAACCAGCACAAGAUCAAACAGCUAGCAGCUGGAUCAUACACCUCAGCAGCAGUAACUGAGGAUGGGCAGCUUUUUGUGUGGGGUGACAAUUCAGAAGGUCAGAUUGGCUUGGCUGAUGAAACCUAUGUCAGUGUACCUUGUGAAGUGGAUGUGGGAAAACCUGUUUCCUCUGUAUCCUGUGGAUAUUAUCACUCUGCCUUGAUAACAGGAGAUGGUGAGCUCUAUACUUUUGGAGAACCUGAGAAUGGGAAACUGGGAUUAUUGCCUGAACAGCUGAAGAACAAUAGAGUUCCACAGCCUGUACUGGGAAUUAUGGAAAAGGUUAAUAAAGUUGCUUGUGGUGGAGAACACACAGUGGUGUUGACAGAGACAGAUGUAUAUACUUUUGGACUUGGACAAUAUGGGCAGCUGGGACAUGGUACUUUUAUUUUUGAAACUUCAGUACCGAAGUCUGUGAAACACUUGAGAAGGCAUAAAAUAUGUAACAUUACAUGUGGGGAAAAUCAUACUGCUGUCAUAGCAGAGAAUGGCCUCAUGUUUACUUUUGGAGAUGGGCGACAUGGCAAGUUAGGCCUUGGAGAAGAGAAUUUUACAAAUCAGUUUGAUCCCACUCUGUGUUACAAUUUCUUGAGGUUCACAGUCCUUUUGGUUGCUUGUGGUGGUUGUCACAUGCUAGUUUUUGCUGCUCCAAGACCUAAAGGAUCUGAACAAGUGGUCUUAGAAGAUUUGUAUGAGAGCCGUUUGACUGCUACUUUUUCUAAAAUGAGUGGAGACUCACUACUAGCAAACACCUUACAACUAACAUCAGCACGAAUGAGACGUCGAGAGAGGGAAAAGUCACCAGAACAGUUUAUUCGAAUGGCACGAACUCUGCCUCCACUGGGAGAAAGCUUCUUAAAAUCUUCACUACCUGUGACUAGCAAUACUAGCCAACUCUAUUUUUCUACAAGUCUUCCUAAAGCUGAACCUAUGAAGGAUAGAGACCAUAAAAAAGAAAAGAAUCAUCAAAAAGAUAAACCUGGUGAAGGCUCUGCAGAAGAAGAUUCAGAUAAUGAGAAUAAUGACAGAAACCUUGGACAUACAACUGACAUCCUAAAUAUGACACAUGCAAUGAAAUUGAAUCCCAGUGACCAGUCAUUAAAAUUAUCACCACUUCAAAAACAAAAGAAGAACAAUAAAAAUGUGAAACUGAAAAGAGAUGGUAAGGGUGGGCUGAAAAACAAGGAUUCUGAUUUCAUGAAGGAGGGGUCAAAAUCAGACUCUGGCUCUUUACAAAAGGAGUCUUCACUUUCAGAGUCACCAGGACAAGAUUUAGGAAAAAGUAGUGCCUUUGUAGGAAAGCCUGUGGCCAAUAAAAAUACAAUGAAAGGUAAAUCUGAGCAUGCACAAAGUGUUAGUACUUUUGGAAGUGGUGUUCAACAAAUUACUAGGGACAAACGCAGAUUAGUGAAAAGGGAAAAAGAAUAUGUGGAAAAUAUUGAAUUCAUCAGAAAGGAUGUAACUUACAAUCUUCCCACUGAAAAACAAAUUCUGUCUGAAAAAACAAAUUCUUCCAAUAAAAAGUCAAAAGUUGUCAAAUCUAAGCAGUCUCUUAAAAUAGAUGUACUUCCUUCUGCAUCUAGGGAUCAGCCCCAGACGGAUUCAUUAAUUGUACAAAAAUACAAUCCUAUUAAAAAUCAAGGAAGUCAAGAAGCAAUAGAAAGUCAAAACAAAAUAAAAGAUGCUGUUGAAAAAUCCGAUAAAUGUGAAAGCAUAUGUGUCAGAGAAGAAGAAAGUCGUGAAGGACAGAGAGGGUUUAAAAAAAAGGAUCAAUUUUUGAAACAAAUAGCUGUAAGUAUGUCAUCAUCUUCAACUGAGGAAAGUAGUAAUGAUCUUCCAAAAUAUAUACUUAAGAGUAGGGAAAAAAAAGAUACCUAUUAUGAAGGCAAAGAGGUCCAGAAGGCAGUGAAAACAGUACAGAAAUUGAAAAAUUUGGACUUCGAAAAAGAAGACAGUGAGAUUGAGGAGUUGCAAGCUACAAACAAUGAGAAAGAAUAUGUAGAAAGGACUGAUAUAAAAAGCCUGAAUGAAGAAGAAACAAACUCUGAAGCUAAAUCUGAUGAAGACAUGCAGUUACAAAUUAAGAAUGAGGAGGAAUCUAAUCAGGAGAGUGAAGGCAGUGAAAAGGGUGAAAAUGUAAAAGAAAAACUAGAUGAAACAGUUGACAGUGAAGGUGAACUAGGGGAGGAAGAAGAAGAAGAGAGUGAGGUUAAAAAAGGUAGAGAUGAAGUUUCAACAGAAAGAGAUGAAGAGGAAGAAGAUAAUGAGGAAGAAAAUGAAAGAGAGGAGUCACAGGCUGAAAGAGACAGUGAGAAUGAGGGUGCAGGAGAGACUGAAGAGAUUAAUCAGGAAGAUGGCAAAGAGCAAGAAUAUGAAGUUGGGUUGGUGGAGGAAGAAGACAUGCUGAGUGAAGGAGAAGAAGAUAUGGAGGAGGAGUAUGCAAAAGAGGAAGACACUGAAAAAGAAAAGGAGGGACAGGUUAAAAGUGAGGGAAGAUACGAGAGUGAGGAAGGAGGUGAAGAUAGAGAGGGGGAAGAAGAAAAAGAGUUAGAGGCGGAAGAGGAAGGAGGUGAGGAAAAAGAAAAUGAAGAAGAAAACAAAGAAAGGGAGAAUGAAAAAGACAAAGAGGGUGAAGAGGAGGAGUUAGAAGAAUCAUUGGCAGAAAGGGAAGAAGAAGAGGUAUCCGAAGAAGAACAGGAAGAGGAAGGGGAGGAUGAAGUUGAAGAGGAAAGAGAAGAUGAUGAUGAGGAGGAGGGAGCAGAGGCAGAAGCAGAAGGGGAGGAGGGGGAAGAAGAUGAAAAGGAAGAGGAGGGGUGGGAAAAUGAAGAAGUGGAAGGGGAAGGAGAGGAAGUUGAAGAAGAGGGAGGUGUUGAAGAAGAAGAUGGAGCAGGAGAGGAAGAAGAGGGAGAGGGUGUGGAAGAAGAUGAGGGAGCAAGGGAGAAAGAAGAAGUGGGAGAAGGAGUGGAAGAAGAGGAAGAAGGAGUGGAAGAAGAUGAGGGAAGAGGGGAGGAAGAAGGAGAGGGAGAAGAAGGAGUUGAAGAAGAUGAGGCAGAAGAGGGAGUCGAAAUGGAAGUGGAAGAGGUAGAGGAGGAAAAAGAGGGAGAGGAGGAAGAGGGAGAAGAAGAGGGAGGGGAGGGAGAAGAAGAGGGAGGGGAGGAAGAAGACAGGGUAGAGGAAGAGGAGGAACAAGAAGGGGAAGAGGGAGAUGAGGAACAAGAAGGGGAAGAGGGAGACGAGGAACAAGAAGGGGAAGAGGGAGAGGAGGAACAAGAAGGGGAAGAGGGAGACAAGGAACAAGAAGGAGAAGAGGGAGAGGAGGAACAAGAAGGGGAAGAGGAAGAGGGGGAAGAAGCAGAAGAGGAAGGAGAUGUGGGAGAGGAGGAAGAAGAGGAUGAGGGAGAGGAGGAAGAAGAGGAUGAGGGAGAGGAGGAAGAGGGAGAGGAAGAGGAAAAAUCAAAAGGUAAAAGAAAAAAUUAUAGUAAUAAGCUUCCACAAAAUAAAAGCAAAACCAGGAAGCCAGAGAAGACAGAAAGUUCUGCCUUACUAAACAGCUCUAGACAAAAAAUGAAGUCCAAACAUCAUGUAGCAAAUGGUUUACAUAAUUCAGAACAAUUUUGGAACAAUGUGCUACCUCAUUAUUUAACACUGAAGUAGCACAGUCUACUGGAGAUGCAUUUUAAGGCUAUUCAGGAAACUUUAGAACUAUGGCAGGUUGAUUUUAUUACAUUAAAAAAAUUAAUCUAGUCAAAAUAUAUUAUGAUGCAUAUACUUUAAGUGCCAAUUUAUGGAAAAAGACUGAAGAAAAUGUUUAGAUUUUGUAAGUUUCUGUCAGAGAAAUCAUACAAAUUUUUGACACAGUCAUUUACACAAUCAUCUAUCACAUAUGACAGAUUAAAAAAAUAACUGGUGAGGAGGCAAAAUGUGUUUGCCUCUUAAUUAAAUUAUAAUGUCAUGCUGGCAACAUGAAUUAUACAUUGUAACAGUGUAAUCUUCUUUGCCUCUGAAUCAGAUUUCUUAAGAUAAUACAUCAAUUUUAGUUGCAGGAUAGCUUACUAGUUAAUGUGCCUUAUCUGAAAGGAGUGUUGGUAAAUUAUCAAAGAUGCAUAUUUUUAAAUUUUGGUAUCACUCUAUAUUCAUUCUCCCUACUUUUCUUCUGUUCAUAUAUUAGUAAAAUGUUUGCAUACUCAGCAAAUUAAAGGACAAGUUGCCAAAUUGGCAUGGGUUGGUAGAUGAGAGGUAAAUGGAAAUGCAGGCCUGGGUAAAUGGAAGCCUGGGCUUUUUCAAAGGCCUUAAGGUUGACUUUUUAUUUUGGUGUCAGCACACAAUUAUAUGCAAAAAGACAAGCACAAGUCUCAGAAUCUGGCCUAGAUUACAUUAGAAUCAGAAUGCAUCUGUUUAGGGAUAAUUUUUUACUAUAACAUUUGAUGAUGAGAUGUAAUUAAGAAUUUGAAAAUAUUUAUUGUUUUUAUAUAUUUAUGAUUAUUUACUUGUUUAUACUGUACAAUACACAAAAGAUUCUAUAUCUGCCUACAAAAGACUACAUUACAUUAGUCAUCUAACUAAUGUUCUCAAGGAGGGGGAAUAUUUUGUUGCAGUGUGAAGUGUAAAUAUGUUUUCAGGAUCAGAGCCUAAGCUUCUCCUCAUUGGAGGAGAUGUGUGUUUUUCCCUCCUAAAAAUCACAUCUGUGAUCUCCGAAAAGAGGACCGUUUAAUAAACCAAGAAGCCAGAUGGAAUAGUAGAGAAAGUGGCAUGAAAGUCUGAGUUCUUUUUGGAAAAGACAAAUUAUGUUAAUACUUCUGGAGUUUCCUUAAAAUACACAAGCAAAUCUUGCAAGUUAUUUUUGUGAGGUGUUGCAUUACUGUCUCAACUAUUCGUGGUCAAACUGGCAAAAGAAGGGGUAGGGACUCAUCAUACAGUAUUAUUACUUAAAUACUAUGCUAAUGAGUGGUCUGAGAAAUUUUUGUAAACAGAUCUCCAUAUUGACAUUCUCUAGAAAAAUAGUUAUUUAAAUCCUAUGUGAAAAUAAGGACAGGAGAAGAAAGGAAUCAGAAUGAGUAAAUAUUAUUCAAUAAAAGUGUUAAUGAAAUCAAUACUUAUGUUGAGAUGAUGAAACAUUUUUAAUGUUGUUUUGUAACAUACUGGCAUUAAACUAUCUUUGACACAG